GUAUAUUUUUGAAAAUUUGUCUUUCUUUAUACAGUAGCUUAAUGGAAGCUUUUUAUAUAUUAAGUAGUCCAAUGGUAUGGAAUGGUGAGAAGGAUGUGUUGCUAUGUAGGGAGAUGCUGGUAGUAGAGCCAUACAAAUUCAAGGAAAAAACAAGAGAAAGAGGACAAGCAUGGACUAAAAUUAGUGAUAACAUUAACCUUAUACCUGGAUUCAGUACUAACAUGAGAGCUGUAAGAGAACCUUUCAAGUUGCUAGAAACCCGAUAUAAAAAAAAGAAUAAUGCUGAACUGAAAGCCACAGGAAUAAGUCCUGAAAUAUCUGAGCUAGAUACAUUGUUAGAAGAAAUAAUAUCUCGGAUGAAAGAUCCUUUGAGUAUGGUAAUAAAAAAAAGAACAGGAUGAGAAAAGAUUAGGGGAGGAUAUACGCCUACAGGCUUUGGAAACAUUUGCCGAAACACCCUCGAGAAAACCGGAAGAUUUACCUUGUAAAAAGAGACAAAGAACUUCAGGUAGUGAAAUAGUUUCUUUUCUGAGAGAAAGAAUGGCAAACGAAGAAGCCAUCCGGGAAAGAGAAUUGCAGUUAAAGAAAAAGGAGCUAGAAAAUCAGAAAAAGUUACAAGAAAGUGUAAAUCAAAACCAAAAUAACAUGAUGGCAAUGAUGAACAAUUUUAUGCAACAAUUGCAGCAAAUUACAGCUGGAUUUAUGCAAGCCCAGUCUGCAUAAAAACAAGCUUUGUAUUCCCUUUUAGAAAAAAAAUUUAAGUGAAAACUAUCAACUUUUAUAAAGAGAAAGAGAUGUUUAUUUUGGUUUUUAGUUUAAUUAUGUUGUAUUUUGGCACUGGCUGCUGAAAAGAUUUAUUAAAAAAGAGAGAUUUAUUUUGUUUUUAAAAUGUAUUUUGUUUCUAAGUAUGUCAACACUGGCUGUUGAAAAAUAAUUUUUUUGAGUAGUAUAUAUUAUUGUUUUGUUUUAAACUGUUACUUGUUACUUUUCUCCUUUUGUCCCCCAAGACAACAGUAUUUUUUCCAACGAAUUGCAUUCUUCUGUAUAAUAAUUUAUUUUUAGUUGUAAUUUAUCACUUAUACUAGAUCAGAGAAGGGAAAAAUUCAAGCUUGUUUCUAAGAAAAAUAUUCUUCAAGGCUAGGAGGAUCUACAUUAAAAAACAAUGAAGUGUUAUUUUUAUACAGACAUGCACGAAAAUUAUGUGAUAAACCACAAACUACAUACAUCUUGCCAACAGCAACAACAAAGACCUAGCUUCAAAUUAUUCUAGAAGUUAACAAUAGCAAAG